UGACUCACAGCUACACAAUCAAUUUUCCGAUCUCUCUUCCUUCGGCUACAGUUCACCGCCACCGUCGUUUCCCUCCCUCCAAAACUGAUAUUCUCCGUCUCCGGGAGUGAAGGCAUCGGCCUUGUUCUAUCUUACUCUGCACGCACCCAUGGAAACUAGUGUUAAGCAGGAACUUAUUGAACCUUUACCCUUGCAACGAACCAGCAACAAUCACGAGGCAUCAAAUUCGUCUCCCACGUUUAUUGAACUCAGUAGCGACAGUGAGUCGGAUUCGGAAGAUUCAGAGCAGGAAGUGGUCGAUGGAAUUUUAGGAGUAGAUACGAGAAGCGUUGUGCCCCCAAACGACGUGGAUGGAGGGCCUUCGAAGAAGAGGAGGCUGAACGAGUUGGAAGUUGUUAAACCUCUAGGUUUUCUUGCGCCCGCGUCGCUGGACGAAAAGCAUUCCAUGGCGGUUAUUCUGCCCCCGUCAGCUGAGGCGGGCACUGUACAGGAGACGGGAACUUCGAAAGCAAAUGGUUCUGCCUGCAAACAGUUUUGGAAGGCGGGUGAUUAUGAAGGAGCUCCUUGCAGUAACUGGGAGUCAACAUCGGGUGGCAUGGACCAUGUUAGGGUUCAUCCUAAGUUUCUACAUUCUAAUGCGACCAGUCAUAAGUGGGCUCUUGGAGCUUUUGCUGAGUUAUUGGACAACUCGUUAGAUGAGGUUUCGAGUGGAGCUACUCAUGUUAAUAUAGACAUGCUUGUGAAUAAGAAAGACAGGACCAAAAUGUUAUUAAUUGAAGAUAAUGGUGGUGGGAUGAGCCCAGAAAAAAUGCGUCACUGUAUGUCAUUGGGUUAUUCAGAAAAAACCAAAUUAGCAGACACUAUUGGACAAUAUGGUAAUGGUUUUAAGACUAGCACCAUGAGACUUGGAGCAGAUGUAAUUGUAUUCUCACGUUGUUGUGGACAAUAUGGGAAAAGUGGCACACAGAGCAUUGGAUUGCUAUCCUAUACAUUUUUGAGAAGCACCGGAAAGGAAGAUAUCGUAGUUCCAAUGCUUGACUAUGAAAGGAAGGGAGGUGAAUGGGUCAAAAUAGUGCGAUCUUCUCUCAAUGAUUGGAACAAAAAUGUGGAUACAGUUGUUCAGUGGUCUCCGUUUGCCAAUGAAGCUGAGCUUCUUCGUCAGUUUUACAUGAUGAAAGAUCAUGGGACUCGCAUUAUAAUAUAUAACCUCUGGGAAGAUGACCAGGGACAGUUGGAACUGGAUUUUGAUACGGACCCACAUGACAUCCAAAUCCGAGGCGUCAACAGAGAUGAGAAAAGUAUACAAAUGGCAAAAAAAUUUCCCAACUCUAGGCACUUCUUGACUUAUCGGCAUUCCUUGAGGAGUUAUGCUUCGAUUCUUUAUUUGAGGCUCCCUCCUUGUUUUCGCAUCAUUCUUCGUGGGAGAGAUGUAGAACACCAUAAUAUAGUGAAUGAUAUGAUGAUAUCUCAAGAGGUCACUUACAGACCUCAGCCAGGUGCUGAUGGGGCCGGGACAGUUGGCAAAGAUACAAAUAUGGUUGCUGUUGUGACCAUUGGGUUUGUGAAGGAUGCAAAGCAUCAUAUAGAUGUUCAAGGAUUCAAUGUUUAUCAUAAGAAUCGGCUCAUCAAGCCAUUUUGGAGGCUUUGGAAUGCUUCGGGAAGUGAUGGUCGUGGAGUUAUAGGUGUUUUAGAAGCAAAUUUUGUUGAACCUGCCCACGAUAAGCAGGGGUUUGAGCGAACAACUGUUCUUGCCAGACUUGAAGCACGGUUGAUACAGAUGCAGAAAACUUACUGGUGUUCCUACUGUCAUAAGAUUGGCUAUGCUCCGAGACGAAUUGAUAAACCUAACAGUCGGACUCCAGAUAGAGAAAGUUCCCCGGAUGAUUAUUCUUCACAGCCUCCACCUCAAUCAAAAAAGAAGAGUACUUCCUUUGGUGGGACGAAACCCGAUAAAAUCUAUUUAGGAAAAGAAACAGAGAAGUUCCAGAAAACAAAGGACUUCAGAUAUGGGAAUAUGCAUUCAAGUAAAGAAAAAAAUGGCAGUAUGACCCCUGACUCUGAGAAAUCGAGGACAAGACCAUCUUCUUCUGAGCCACCUUCGCCUUCUGGACUAGAAGUUAGGGUUGACAACCAUCAUGGUGGACAAGCAAACGGUACCGGCAAUGAGACAUUUCAUGGUAAUGAUGUUUCAAUGAGAAUGAAGGCAUCUUCAAAUGGAGGUGUCAGUCAAGCUCAGCAAGGGGGAUUGGCUAAACCGAAGGGAGGAGACACAAACGAUAGUGAGCGUUCCCCUUCAAGUUCUGAUCUUCACAUGCUACAGCAGUUGAAGGAAGAAAAUGAAGAAUUGAAGGAGAGAUUAAAGAGAAAGGAAGCCGAUCAUGGAAAAUUGCAAGAUGAAAGAGAGAGGAGGUGUAAAUCACUUGAGUCUCAGCUUACAGCUGCAGAGCUUAAAAUCGAGGAAUUGAGCAAAGAACAAGAGAGCCUAAUAGAUAUUUUCUCUGAGGAGAGAGAUCGAAGAGAAACUGAGGAGCAUAAUCUGCGGAAGAAGCUUAAGGAAGCAUCUAACACUAUCCAAGAACUGCUAGACAAGAUCCAAAUUCUAGAAAAAAGGUAAGAGACUUCUUGUGGAUAAUUGGUUGUGUGGAGUAGCAACAAACAUUCCUUUGGUGGCAAGUGGCACCUUCCUCGUCAAGCGUAGUAUUUUGCCGAGCUAUAGGCUGUGCUAACGUAUUUUUACUAUUUAUAUUACUACUUUUUUUAUGGGUUGGGUGGGGUGCACUGUAUAUUUUGGCAUUCUUUUAGUUGAAAAUGACCAUUAGAGCAUAUAGAGUAGUGGGGUAAAAUUUGAAUGCCGAAGAUGGUGUUCUUGCACGGUAAAAUUUGCAAGUGUCAGAACUCCAUAAAAGGUUUUUGUAAAUUGAGCGGAAUGUCAUCAACGAAAUGCUUAUUCCUGCAACAGCAAACUUACACUUUUAUCUUUACGUUUCUUUGUGGUU